GGAAAAGUCGGGGGAGAGUCGAGAGCCGUCGAGCCCCUUGGAGGUUAUCAGUGGCAGGCCAAUCAGCGAAGCCGUUCGCGAACACACCUCCCGCAUCAGCUCGGCUUAUGUUACGAAAACGAAAUAUCCCGUUGACGUCGGCUACACGUGACGUCUUACAUCAGUUGUUUUCAUUUUUUUUCGUCACCGCCGAGUAGUCGAAGGCAGUCGUCUCUUCACGUCUUCGACGAGUGUGUGUCCACCGGCUUGCGUUCGUUGGGUCCGCCGAAUGCUAGUCGGUUACUUCUCUCCUUGUUUUCUGUGACGACUAACCUGUCACCGAAGAAACCAUGAGGAUCACAUUUCGUCUCCUCCAAGACAUCGGCAAGAUGCUGGACCGCUAUUCGAGCUUCAGUCCCUCGCCGCUGUCCAUAAAGCAAUUCAUCGAUUUUGGUGAAAAUGCGUGCGAGAGGACGUCCUUUGUCUUCUUGCGAAAAGAACUGCCAGUGCGGCUAGCUAACAUCAUGAAGGAAAUCCACCUCCUGCCCGAGAACCUGCUCCAGAUGCCUUCUGUGGAGCUGGUGAAGAGCUGGUAUGAGAGAAGUUUUGAGGAAAUCUUGGAAUUUGAAAACUGCCAUGGAGCUGAUGAAAAGAUCUUAUCAAAGUUCUGCGACGCUCUGAUCAAAAUCCGGAACCGUCACUCUAACGUAGUGCAGACUAUGGCGCAGGGUGUAAUCGAGUUGAAGGAGACCCACGAGCCUGAUGUCAGAACAGAGCACAGCAUCCAGUACUUCCUGGACCGCUUCUACAUGAGCAGAAUCUCCAUCAGGAUGCUCAUCAACCAGCACACCUCCUUGUUCGGCAAAGAGAGUGGGAGCCACCAUCGCCACAUUGGCUGCAUAGAUACUAACUGCAAUGUCUCGGUCAUUGUUGAUGAUGCCUAUGAAAACGCGAAGUUUCUAUGCGACCAGUACUACCUCUCCUCUCCUAGUGUUGUCGUAGAAGAGUAUGAUAUGCUGGCUUCUGGAAAGGCGAUUUGUGUGGACUAUGUGCCGUCGCAUUUGUACCAUAUGCUUUUCGAGUUGUUUAAGAACUCCAUGCGAGCCGUCGUCGAGUACUACGGCACUGACUGCGAGAGCUACCCUCCGCUCAAUGUGCUGCUCUGUCGUGGGAAGGAAGAUCUCACCAUCAAGCUUUCGGACAAGGGUGGAGGCAUCCCAAGGUCUCAUACGGAACUCCUGUUUCAGUACAUGUACUCCACGGCCCCCCAGCCCUCCAACUCUGGACUCAACUCAGCUCCACUGGCUGGCUAUGGCUAUGGCCUGCCCCUCUCCCGGCUCUAUGCCCGCUACUUCCGUGGAGACCUGAUCCUAACGUCGUGCGAGGGCUACGGCACCGACGCCAUUAUCUACCUCAAGGCACUGAGCAACGAAGCCAACGAGAUGCUCCCCGUAUUCAACAAGGCAUCGAGCAAGCACUACAGCUCGGCGGUUGGGGCCCGUGAUUGGGUGACGCCCCCGUACACCCCGCCUCCUCAGGGGCAGGGAAUUCGCAGCAUGUCCAACCUGUCCGUGGGCGCCCCCAAGCAGUCUGUGUUGGCACGCAAGUUCUCGCAGGAGCACGGCAAGACAAAGAAUCUAUGAGGACACAACUAGCUCAACAUGCUGGCUCUUGUUACAAUUCCGGACUGUCUGAAGUUAUGACACUUGAUGGAUUUACCCAAAAUAUUUGUGUUCAAAUGUGAACCACCACUUUGUUGUUUUUUUGUUUUUUUUUAUUGCACUUUUUGCUGGUUUUAUUUUGAAGUCUCAAUUCAGCAGAAUGUACUACAUUAGUGCAGUGGAAAUUACUUGGCAAUGUGCUGUCACUGUGCAGGCUGUAUAAAUUGUUCUUGCGUGCCCUGUCAACAUCACUUGAAUUGCCUUCAGCUCUCGACUACCCCGUGUUUGAGAAGGGGUGGCGUAGCGGCAGCACUUCAAUGUCAAUGUGGUGUUUGUUUUUGUAUAUAUAAAAGUGACUCAAGCAGCGUUGUUUGGACACUGCCCUAGAAGCUUUGGCAUGAGCUCUAUGGAGAGAUGUAUGUUAUUAUCUAUAUAGGUUUUAUUAAUAGAUUUGUUUUACCAAGGUACUAUCGUGGACUCUGUUAGCUGUAGCACACCAGUAGCGGCCGGCCCGCACCCCCAGCGCCGCAUAGCACGUGCCAUCCGAAACUCUGCGCAUGCGCCGCGAGGCAGACUUGCUCUUCCCGCUUGUGAAAACAUACCCUCGGGUUGUCAUCUGCUGGGCAUAGAGCAGACGACGUCACAGCGUUUGGCAAUGUUUGUUGGACACGGUUUUGUGGGGCACUCUUUCAGGCACAGAUGGACUAUCAGCCAUCUCUGCUCAUCUGAUAUUUUUGCCAUAGCGAACUGGUCUCAAACUCAUUCUAGACAGGUGAUGUUUAUUGGGGCAGAUUGCAGAGUCAUUGCAACUAAAACCCUGCCUGCAUUUUUUUUUUUUUUUUGCUUUUUUUAGUAAAAGGCGUGCGCAAUAAGAAUACACGCUCAUGAAUCAGUAUAAGCACAGUAGGUGGGAUCCAGAAAUAGAGACCGCUAACUGCAAGUUUGACCGAGAAAAAAAAAUUGCCUACCAUGAUACAUACGAGUAGUGGCCACCACUGCGCAAGAGGCGCCCACGAAAUUGUGGGCGCCUCUUACACGGAGGUUGCGCUGUGGCGUUGUCUGCUCUGCGCCUAGCUGACGACAAAGCGAGGGUGUGCUCGCAGACAAGAAGAGCAAUUCCACCGCACGGCGCAUGCGGGGAGUUUCAGACGGCGCUUGCCAUGAGGUGCUGGGGGUGCAGGACGGCCGCCGCUCGCGUGUUACAGCUAGCAGAGUCCACGAUAGUAAAGAAAAACUUUCAGAGGGCUGGUACAAGGAAACUCUGUACUGUCCAACUCCCCAAGAGCAAGGUUGGUCAAUGUAGCUGCUGUUCAACCUCGCUCUUGGAAUAGUUGGGCAGGAAAACUGUCCCACCUUAUGUGCUUUUGGGCAUGGAUUAACAUCAACAGGUGCUAAGGAACUCACAAACUUAAAAAACCAAUAUACUUAAAAAACCAAUAUGGAUUUCCACAGCGAUAGCUGAAAUGUCACCUCCUCACCUCGCUAGUGGAAAUUGGCAUGAAAGCUGGGCCAAAUAUGUCUCUAAUACUAAAAUGGGUACACAGUCAAUUACUUUGUUCAGUAUGAAGAAGGAGUCCUCAACUGCAAUGUGCUUUGAUGGUGACUUUCCACAGCAUCCCUACUACCUAGAUACACACUCUUGUCUCACUUGUAUGAGUACCUUUGACCCAGCUCAAGCCAUAUGAAUAAGGAAUUAACUUGGAUAAUCUAUUGAGUACGAAAGACCUGAUAAUAUUUGUCGCUCAUCAAAACUAUUUGACUAUUUUUAGGUGGGCACUGCUCUAUUUGCCAAUGCCUCGGAGUUGCCAUUUUUUGUGUUGCCUACAAAAUGACAAUAUCAUUCUGCAGAUGGCUCUUGCAUUAGCAUUUUGCAAUCCUUCCUGUGUCUUGUUAAACAAUGCGCAUGGAUUGUUUGGUUAACAAAGGACCCUCUUGCCACUACUUGCCCAGUCCGUUCACCUAUGACAAUGUGGAGCAUGUCGAAAUUUUAUUGUGCUCCAUUGAAAAUUAUUGCAAUUUUGAUGUGUUGUGUAAAUGCAUGUGUUCUGUUCGAGAACUUGAGAAAUAUGUAUUAACGGGUUCUGUUUCUUCUCCGAAGCUGAAAUGUAUCAGUCUGUUUCUCGAAAUGCUGGAACCCAGGAAUAGCAACAGGUUUAUGGCUCAACUGUUUUGCUUUAUACCUUAUUGGUUCAUAAUAGGUCAAUGAUUGGUACAUCUAGCCUUGCACGUGUGGCUGGAGGAAAGAAAAUCACGAGAUAGAAGAAAGCUUGUCAAAAAUACCUGCAAAUUGGAAAAUGAGUUUAAAUGUAUAGCUCACGUGGUGAGAAAAAAAAUCACACAGCGACGUGGAAAUAUUUAGAUGUUUGCCAAUCUAUGAAUUUGCUUUAAAGGGGUCAUGAAGCGAUUUAGAUAGAAUUUCACUGACCGCAUAUUGUUUAAAAGAUGAAAAGAAAACUAGCACUCGAGAUUAGGAAAGCUAAAUUCCAAUAUUCGGCACAAAAUGUUCGCAAAUAAAAGCGAACUGUAUCUUACAUUCCCUCCCUCAAACGCUGGCAAUGAAGCUGAGUGUAUGAAUGGGUGGAUUAAUAAAUAAGUUGUGGUGAAACCUUUUGUAUUGUGCGGUAGCUUGCACCAUCUAUCAAAGUAACCGCAACGUCCACAGUGUAUGAGCCUUUUUAUUUCUUUUUUUUAGUACGUCAGUUGAAUUUAGCUUCCUAUUGGACAAGAGUAGUGGGCCGCUCGAACUGUGCUUGGAAACAAUGAAAUUGUCGACGAAGAAUCUCGAGGGAAACGCCCGAGCUCAAUAUCCGGUUGCAUAAGCUGCAGCAUCACCGAGAGCACGAGAGGUUUUUCCACAAGGAAUUCCAUUAGGAAUGCAUGUUACGUUGUGUCUAACAUUUUGUGUUCACACCCAAAAUGUGAACCUACCAUUCUGUACCGAGUAAUCGCCACACCUCCGCGGCCUGUUCCGGCGUUGAACUGCUACAACUUUCAUCGAGCAACUUCUCGUUUUGCCGUUUGGGCGUCCCGACAUAUGGAACAAGGCUCGUACUUUUAUUAUACCAAAACAUUUUCACCCGCACUCGACUCAGCUGCGGCAUUGAUCGCACAAACGUUGCAGACCAACGAGUCCUACGAAGCAAUCGGCGUUCAUGGAAACCUCAGUAGGUGAUGUCGUUUCAACGUCCUUGCACAGAAACGUCGUUUGGACGCCACGCGAUGCUUGGCUGACGCAGCUACCUCGCUCAGCUGGGAGAACUUUUGUUUCCGGUAGAAAGGCAUACUUUACGUCGUGGCCACGUAAUUUCACAUGUUGGCCGAGUCUGGUCGAGUCGAGGAGAAAAGCAGACGGGAGUUUGCAUCUUUUUUUUUGUGCAAAACUUUAUGCAAUUAAACGAAAAAGAAUUCCUGCUCCGGGCUUCAUGAACAUUGACGAUUAAUUGAGAUCUUUGGAAAAAGCUGAAAAAUCAUCUCAUGAUCCUUUUAAGAUUGGAAAACUAUGCUUCAUUCUCCCUUUGCCUGUCCUGUGACUAUCGUAGCACUUAAUGUGAGCGUUUUAGUGCAAGUUCAACCUCGGUAAAUGGGAAAACCAAAUAGAAUAUUUUUAUUGUUUCGUCGAAAUAGUGUGAAUAGUUUUAGUUGAACAGUGGAUUAAAAAAUUAGCUAUGAAGUUGCCUUCUUCUGGGAACAAGUGAAUAAUUUCCAGUGUCCAUUUGUAUGUAGGGUUUCGUGUUUUUGGAUGUGUCAGAAAAGCACUCGCCAGUAAAUUUUAUGCAAAUUCCAAUUUAUCCGAGAAACUCAUAAUUAUGAGGUCACAAUGACAAUAAAAAGCAAAAAAGACUACUAGAGUUUUACACAUAAAUCUCGUAAAAGCACAGGGUCAGUGGUCCUGAGGAGAUGCCACCCCGGUUUCUUUUGAAAUCUCAAACUACUGGCAAAAGGAGUUUGCCACUUCGCUCGUAAAGGUUCCUUUAGGACAACGGGUCAUAGUAGCCAAAGAUUAUUUAUUUUGUUUUUGAAUUUUCAAAAAUUGGGAACACUGUAAAAUAAGUUCAGAAUUCAGAGAAUUGAGAACAAAAAUGAACUCCUAUAAACCCUACAUUUUUUGACAAAAAAUAAACUUGGAAAAGCACCCUCCGAAUUUUGUGAGACUCCUUUUUAUAUGGCAGCCUCGGGAGCAUUUAGCAGUCUUAUUGAAAGUGUGAAUGUUCGACUAUCGGAGAGCCAUAUGUAUAGGAAACGUAGUGCAAGGUAUGAAAUACCCAUUGUUAGAGUGGGUUUUAGGAUAAAGUGAUAUAUAAAACAAACUGUGUCCAUAACUCGCAAUUUAGCUGCACAUGUGAUAUCAGUAGUUGUGGGAGGAUUUAAAUACUAACGUGAAGUCUUUACCCUUCUUGGAAGUGUCGUGCCCAUUUUUCCAUGAAUUUCAGAACUGACCAGAAUGCCACUUCCCAGUUUUAUCACAAUUAUCCGAUUUCAAGUACCUAGGCACUCCUUUACUAGUUUGCAAAAAGCAGUUUUAUACUGUAAGGAACAUACAGAAACUCGUUUGACUGCACGGUUAUGAUCAGUUUAGGGCCAUUAUUAUAAGUGUCUGGCAGAUGUUAUCCACCUUAAAAUGGAGCUUGCCUUUACGUGGUGAAAGACUGAAUGUACUAGUAGUCCUGAUUUGAAAGUGUGUGAAGUCCAUCUUGAAUUUGAGGGGGUGGGGUGAGGGGGUAUAUGCAAACGGAGAGGUGCCUUGCAAGGAACGCGCAAGAAAAUAGAAAAGGCAUGCUGGUGCAGAAGUUGGGAGCUCGCCUAAUCUCUGUGUGCAAAGGCACCGACACUGCUGUUUGGCCCCCUCCUCCCCCUCCUUCGCAUGUUCACCCCCUCACCCUCCUGUCGAAAGCAACUUUAUAUGUUUUUGAGGAAGGUGGCAGAUAUGCUUCUGAAUAGUGCGCAUGAAGUGCAUUCACUGGUAUCGUAUCCAAGUACAAACCUGCACCGACACGUCUUCACAAGAAACGCAUGUCUGUUUAUGUUAUUCUGUUUGUAAUAAAAUCCUUUUUUGUUUUCUGUUC